AUGCAAAUAAAUAAGGGCUUAAUGUUGAAAGAAAUUCAACUAAUAUGUCAUCAUCUCAACAAACUUUAUAAUUAUUUGACUUAAAUGAAUUGGCAAUAUUUGUAUUAGGAACUUUUAGUAUGGAAUCAGAACAAUAAGUAAGAAUUAAAAAAAUAAUUGGAUAAUGGAAAGAUUUUUGGAUAGCUUCCUUUAUGUAUAAGAAUUGAAUAAUUAUUCAAGACAGAUUCUUAAAGCCAAAUAUCGAUAGAGUAAAAAUGA